AUGUCUUUGAUGUGGGUACUGGUAGCUAGCGGUCUCUAUGCUGAAAUUGCCAUAAUAACCAUUCUUCUCCUACCUUUCAUUUCCUCGAGAGUAUGGAACCGCCUUUUCAAAUCAAAUUUCGUCGCUUGGUUCUCUUCAUACGCCUCGUUUUACUUUAGAGCUUGUGUUGUUGCACUCGGUUUGACAGUGUUUGAGGCGUGGAGACAGGUUAGGGACAAGAGUGAAAUGUAUCAUGAAUACAAGUCCGAUCCCUCCAAUUUUAAAGCUGGUACAGAAGCUCUCUAUUUAAUGAAACUCUUCAGAGCUCAAAGAAAUCUCUAUAUCUCGGGAUUCGCGCUUUUUCUCUGGUUCGUUUUCAACCGUUUGGUAAGACUGAUCGCUGAUCAUGCCCGGGUAACCGCUGCAGGAGAGGCAUCAUUGGCUCAGGCAAAAUCUGCUUCCGAGGCUGCCAGGCGUCUAAUGAAUGAUGCUGCAAAGAAACAUGGAGACAGUGGUGACGCCUCUAAGCAGGAUAACACCGCUCUGCUUACUGAACGGGAUGCUCUAAAGGCCAAACUUGAAGCCGAGUCGAUUGCUCGUAAAUCUGCUGAAAACAAAUUGGACGCUAUUAAGAAACAGGCAGAACAGACUGCAAAGGAGUAUGAUCGUGUUUCUGCUGAGUGCCAAAAACUGCAGCGAGAGUUGACUGCAUUGACUGGUGAUGGAGGAGACAAGAAGAAGGACUAG